AUGAACUCUCAACAAGGAUCCUCUACAAGCAAUGAUGCCUGGAAUCAAAAAGACCCAAAUUAUUGCCAAGACUGUGAUGAAUAUAAAACUUGCAAAAAGAAAGGACACAUCGCUAAGCACUGUAUCAAAGUAAUUGAAUUAGAUUAUUGCGCACAUUGUGGCUCUACUGAACAUGUAAGAAAAAAAGACUGCACUGAGAUUAAGUUAUUAAAAGAACAACAAGCUAAAAAGUAUAAGUGUGACCAAACUGAAGUUCAAUUAGCAAUCCAAGAAAAUUUUAUGCUAUAA